GACAUUCCGCGUUUGACGUCAUUAUUAAAAAGGUCUAUUGUGAACUCGAUAGAUUUACUGAUUUCCAAUUGUUUCUUUUUAAAUGCGAUACAGAAAAUAAGGAACUAAUUUUGGUUGGAAAUUUAAACUGCGCUAUCAGCAAACCAGUUACUGAUUCACAAACUCGGCAGCUGCAAUCUUUAAGCACUAUCAAUUAACGCAAGUUAUAUGUAUGUCUUGCUGCUGUCGCAAAGCUCCACCCUAAUUAAGUUAGGUUACAUAACAAGGACCAUGAUAUAGAAAUAAUUUUGAGGAAAGAAACUGGGUAAUUCGCACUGAUAGUGAUAGAGACUCCGCCCAUAAAAAGCGCAUUGAGUAAUCUUAAAGACAGUAUAACCCAGGGUUUUCUUUGCCGCGUCCUUCGAAGGCAAACUGUAAUGACUGACAUGUCAGAAGGAUGAAACUCGCUGACUGCAUUAGUGUAUUUGAUAAAGAACGUUGUGUCUGACAUUAAAUGUAUAUUAAUUGGGAUAAUACAGGCGUAAACGACCAAUCAGAAUCAUUUCUGAUUUCAAUUAGCCUAGAGCCAGUGUUUGUAUUCAUGGACCAGCAGUUGUGAUAAUUAAACAUGACAAUUUGUAUGCAAAUACGCCUUCACAGUCAACCGUCACUGGUCAAGCCCGUAUCAUCGCUAACAUUCCCCACAUAUUUGUAUUCUCGCGGUAAUGCAAGUCAUUGUACCAGCAAAAAUAUUAUUAAAUACAGUUCCAACUGAAAGUAAGCAAGGAUUGAAAAUGAAACUAUGGGUCAAAUUGAAAUGGUUUUUAGAAUGUUUUUUCACAGCGAAUUCUGAAAAGUCAAAAGCAAGUCAAAACAACGACAAUGUUGUCCAAGCAGAAUACAAAGGAAUCCCAAACGAGAUCUCAGACGAUGACAAAGAAACUAUAUACUUCAAUGUUGAUUUUCUGAAAUGUCGUUCAAUCGACGAAAUUCUGGAAGAAACAGGAUUGAGAUUUUUUCAUUGGAAAGUUUUCCUCUUAAUAUGCCUUCAGCAUAUGGCAGACGCACUUGGAACUUCCAUUUUAUCCGUGAUACUUCCGAGUCUAAAAUCAGACUGGAAUAUGUCUUCAAUCAUGGCUGGGGUAUUGACACUCUCGAUAUCAAUCGGAAUGAUGGCAGGUCUUUCAUUUUGGGGUUGGGUGUCGGACAAAUACGGGAGAAAAUGUUCACUUAUUGGCAGUACGACGUUCAUACUUGUUUUCUCAUUUGUGGGCGCGUUUUCAGCGAACUAUUACUGGCUUUGGAUAAACCUUUUCUUUGUCGGCUUCGGGGCGGCGAUUAUAAAUGUAGGUUACGUUGUGAUAGUGGAAUUUUUCCCGCCGAAACAUCGAACUAUGUUUUCUGUAUUAACUACAAUCUUCUGGAGUGUAGGAUUUCUAUUUUCGGCUGUUGUUUCAAUGGCGAUUUCGGUGAUCGGUUAUCAUUGGGCUCUGGCUACCGUGUGUUUUCCGACUGCAAUUGUUCUUAUCGGUCUGAUAUUUCUCCCAGAGACUCCUUAUUAUCACCUUGCAGCUGGAGACGAGCAAAAAGCUUUGAACAUUCUACAAAAUAUAGCGCCUGAAAUGGAUUUCAGCGACACAAGACUUUGGAAGCACAAUCCCGAGACACAGAGGGCAGAUUUCACACAGCUAUUUCGAUCAGGUUAUUGGAAAAUAACAAUAUGCGCCUGUAUCGCGUGCUUCGGAACCUUGGUAACGUAUGACGGUUUAAUAUACACCGCGUCCGCCGUUGCAAGCAGUAAAAUAUUUACAUCCUCAAGAAAUGGUACGCACAACAGGGAUAAGAUGUAUUCCAUUAUGACCUGGAUGAACUUGCCUGAGAUUGUGAUAGUUUUCAUUACUGGAUUAAGUUGCUACGUUUUUAGAGUAAAAACUUUAACCUUAAUUAUUAUAGUCUUGGCAAUUUUAUCACAGAUUAUCGCUUUGUUUGUCGUAAACCAUGGAAUGCCAUUACUCAUAGUCACAAUGCUAUCUCGAGGUUUCCUCGCGACAAACACAUGUCUAAUGCCGUUAUUUGCAUCGCUGGUUUACCCGACAGAAAAUCGUGGCAUUGGAGUUGGAACUUGUGUGUGUGUUGGAAGCAUUGGGACAAUUCUAGGACCAUUCAUCUUCGAGACAUUCUUUGCCCAAAAAUAUUGCAAUGGAAUUGUAUUUAAUCUUGUGAUAUUAUCGGUGACAAUUGUAGCAACUGUCUUGCUGCCGUCGCAAAGCGCCACCUUAAGCUAAGUUACAUUGGUCAAAUUCAUAUGCGUAGUUUGAAACAAUUUUUAUUAAUGUGCGUGUCCACACCAGCUGACGAAGUUUUUGAGAUCAGAGUUGAAGUUUUCAACUGGUAAAUUCAAGAUAAUAUUUUAAAGAUUUGGAAAACACACUAUACGAUUUCUACACGACUAUAUCCAUAAUACUUUAUAUAUAGUUGAUCUUUUCGGAAGUGGUGAAAAUGGAACCAUUGGCAUUGGGCAAAUUGAAACGGUUUUUACAAACGCGUCCUUCGAAGGCAAACUGUAAUGACUGAGAUGUCAGAAGGAUGAAACUCGCUGACUGCAUUAGUGUAUUUGAUUAAGUACGUUUUGCCUGACGUUUAUAAAUGUAUAUUAAUUCGGAUAAUACAGGCGUAAACGACCAAUCAGAAUCAUUUCUGAUUUCGAUUACCCUAGAGCCUUUGUUUCUUCGCCAGACGAAAUCGUGGGCUCGGGGAACGAGACUGGGCAAGCGUGAGGUGUUUACAAAGAAAUAUCGGAUCGAGGCCUUUUUGUAGAGCAAGACUGAGCUCGUAAGACGGGGGUUGGAUCGCUGGUCGAAAUAUGGGAAAGUAAAUAAGCUCUUUAUCAGCCAAUCACAUGGCUUAAUUUCACCAGAAGUGACACUUGUAAUAUAAUAAAUAAUUAUUAA